AUGGUCCCCAGACAGAUUAAAGGAUGGCGGCCUGAACCCGGAGCAGCAUUCAAGUGUGGUAUUGAGAUCCACACGCAACUCAACACGAAACACAAACUCUUUUCUCUCUCGAGAAAUAUCCCUAAUUCGUCUCCCAACACGCAAGCCAGUUUUUUCGACUUUGGCUUGCCAGGUACUUUUCCCAAGCUUAACCCUGAGGCCUUGCUUUUGGCUCUCAGAGCCGCUACAGCAUUGAAAUCAAGAAUCAAUCCGGUGUCGUCUUUCGAUAGAAAGCAUUAUUUCUACUAUGAUCAGCCUUUAGGCUAUCAGAUCACUCAGCACUUUAAUCCUUUGGCCAAAGGUGGGUCACUUGAGCUCACAAAGAAGUAUGAUGGAGUGGAUCAAGAUAAGGUGAUCGGUAUCGAGCAGAUCCAAAUAGAACAGGAUACCUCUAAGCUCAACUAUAACGAUUUUGAUGCUACAGUCUCUAUCGACCACAAUCGUGCAGAUGUGCCAUUGAUUGAGUUGGUGACGAAGCCAGACUUCGAUCACUUGUCACAGGUUCGUGCCUUUGUUAAAAAAUACAUUUCUCUCAUGACCCACUUGGGUGUUUGCACCGGUGAUAUGGAGAAUGGUGCCAUGAGAUGCGACGUCAAUAUCAGUGUGGCUGGUGGUAAUAGGGUCGAGAUAAAGAAUUUGGGAAGCACCUCAGAGAUCAUUGCCGCAGCAAAGUACGAGUAUAGAAGACAGGUGGAACAGCUCAAGUCUAAUUCUGGCCCAAUUGAACAAGAAACUAGAAGUUGGAACGGGAAAGAGACCGUCAGAACAAGAUCGAAGGAGGUUGCCGUUGAUUACAGAUACUUUCCAGAUAUUGAGCUUCCACGAGUCCACUUGGAUCCUAAAAUUACAGAAGAUAUUAUGGCCACACUUCCCGAAUUUCCCGAGGAGAUCCUCAAGACGUUAACUGGACUGGACUACGGUCUCGAACUCAAGCAUGCCAGGUUCUUGGUAGAUAAUCCUCGUCUUUUGAACUAUUACCGUCAAUUACACGACAUUGUGGUGCUACAAAAUAACACACCCGCGAAAGUUGUCAACAAUUGGUUCAUCCAUGAGCUUAUUGGAGCCUUCAACAAACUUGAUAUUCCUGUUGAUAUUUCUCGUUUGGAGCCAGAGAAGUUGGCUACAUUAAUUCUCAUGGUUUUGAAGAACGAAAUCACUAUCACUUCUGCUAAGUUAUUACUUUCCCAAGUAAUUCAAGCUGAUGAACUGGAACGUGCACUCUCCAUUUUUGAGUUGGUGGAGCACUACGACCUUGCAGCACCUGGUCUGGUAGACAAAUCGCAACUUAGCGAUGCUAUCGAAGAGAUCUGCUUUGAGGUUAUGGAAAGCCAUCCUGAUGUGGUGGAAAAGGUCAAGAAGGGAAAGAAAAAGUCUGUGAAUUUCCUAAUAGGGAUGGCCAUGAAGGAGACCCAGGGCAGGGUUGAUUCCAAGCAAUUUGAAGAAAUGUUUAAUAAACUCAUAUAA